UCAUUGAAAAACCAGUGAGGGUCCAAUGUAAGUUUAAUAUUUAUUUUCAUUAAAUGUUCCAAGAUGAUCGCUGUGUCGAUGCUUGAACUGUUAAAUAUUAGCGAGAGUUUCAGUCUUCUCGUAAUUUUAUGUGAAAUGUCUGACGAAAUUACCUGAAGCGCAGUCACAGCCAUUUUGAUUACGUUGGCUUGUUCCGUGAUACUUAGCGAGUCCUUGUGACGUGUAUAUAAAGUAUUCAACAACGAUGGAGCAUGCACAAAUCCAGAAUGCAGAUGGGCCCCAAGUGAUGACCAUCAAUGGACAACAGUUGCAAGUAUUGCAGAUGAACACCUCUCCGCACAUGGUUCAAGGUCCUAAUGGUCAACAGAUCAUGGUUCAUACAAUAGCAACUCCUACACAGACUAUUCAGGUAGCAGCUCCGAAUGGGCAGCAGAUCCAACAACUUCAAGUCUUACCGAUUUCAAAUUUGCAAGGUGGAGGGAACAAUGUACAGCCAAUGCAGUUAGUUCAGACACCUGACGGCCAGACAUUUCUGUACCAACCGACUGCACAGGCUCAACCAUCCAUUGACCAACACCAAAUAAUUCAUCAACCUGCCGUUAUCAACUUGAAUGGGAAUCUUGUGCAAGUUGCUGGAGUGAGUAACGCCGUGCAGCCACAGCAGAUCGUCAAUCAACCUAAUAUUGUCAUGAUGGUGAAUGGCACUAAUAACACAAGCACAACAGCAACUCCAACAGAAGGUCCGGGAUCAUCAGCCGCUGGCUCUGAUGAAGAGCCUCUGUUGUAUGUAAAUGCUAGACAGUUCAAGCAAAUAUUAAAACGUAGAGCUGCAAGAGCGAGGCUUCAUGAACUAGGAAAAAUACCUAAAGAACGGCCGAAAUACCUGCACGAAUCGCGACACAGGCACGCGAUGAACAGAAUCAGAGGUGAAGGUGGAAGGUUUCACUCGGGGAGUAGGAAAAAUAUGGACAAUUCAGACCAGUCACAUCUUUCAGAAGAUCAGAAAGAUGAUAUUAAACCGGACACUGUCUCCAUCACAAUCAUACAGGAAGAUGAAACUCCAGAACAACAGCAGACGCAGUGGAGACGGCUGGCGCCGCACCAGCCGCUACAGUCCACAUAGCACAUAGCCAUUGAAUACUUGAAGACUGAGUGAUGUGAUGACUGAACGGAUAACACUCAAGUGCCUCCAUCGAUACCUAUUUGUAUACUGUGGUGGUUUGAAAAACAUUGCACAGAAAUGUGGUGAACAAAUCGUUUUUUAAUUACAUUAAGUUUUGUGUUAACAUUUACUAUUUAAAAUUAUUUUUUUAUAGUAAAUACUAUUUAAUCAUUUUUAAUAUUGUGUCGUGUAGUUCCAUAAAAUACAGUACCUACUAAAAAUUCCUGUACGAAAUAGUCAUUGAUUAGUUUAAAAUGUAAUAACAGUAAAUUCCUAAAUUACACGUUGUGUACAAUAAAUAAAGACCAUUAAUUUAGUUUAAUAGAAUAGAAAUCUAUUUUGUGGCCUUACUUUUUUUAUAAACACUAAUUUAUGUUAAGGUGUAUUGUUGAAAAACAAGAGGCACUAAAAGUUGUUUUUUUUUUGUAUCUAUGUCUGUUUUAGUUUAUUUGAAUUAGAUCGUGCUAGAUGUCUUGUGCUAUUAUAACUUUAGCUGUAAGGAAGGGGUUUAAAUCGUGAAAUUGAGCGAUUCAGCAUAUCAAUCAUUCGGAAUGCUAAGAAAAAUGUUAUUUAAAAAAAACAAACACAAAUGCUGUUUUUGUGUCAGCUGAUUUCACAAUUUAUGCAAUAUAAUUAUACGUUUACUUCAUAGCUGUUAUUGUUUUGUAAUCGUAGAUACAUAUUGUACGUGGAAGCCAAAGAAUGUGUGGGAAUGGAUAAUGUGUUUCACUCGGAUAAGUUGCAAGUUUGCAACUACUAUACGGAUUUUGAACAAAGACACAUUUAUUUGUCUUUAUGAGAUUGACUGUUAUUAUACAUUCUACUGAUGCGAAUCAAUUCAGUGCUGUUUUUUAAUACAUUUUGAGUAGUUCAUAUAUGUGGUCAAAAAAAAAAACAACUAAGAUAUAACUGUUGAUAAAAACCAUGACUUGGAUGGGUGGACGAGCUCACAGCCCACUUGGUGUUAAGUGGGUACUGGAGCCCAUAUACAUUUACAACGUAUAUGCGCCACCCACCUUGAGAUAUGAGUUCUAAGGUCUCAAGUAUAGUUACAACGGCUGCCCCACCCUUCAAACCGAAACGCAUUACUGCUUCACGGUAGAAAAUAGGCAGGGUGAUGGUACCUACCCGUGCGGACUCACAACAGGUCCUACCACCAGUAAUUACGCAAAUUAUAAUUUUGCGGGUUUGAUUUUUAUUAUAAUAACCGGCAAACUUCUUGAGCAUUUGUUGACGUAGUGGGGGUAAGUUUGCGCAUGGUACACUCACGUGCAAAAACAUUACUUACUCUGCGUCAGAAUGCUAUUAAAUUAUUAAAAUCAACAUAUGUCUUUAUUUAUAUAUUUAUUAGAACAUCAACAAAACAUAUAGGUUAAUAAUUGUAAUAAUUUAAUCUUGGGGUAAAAUAGAUAUUCCUUCUAUUAAGUCAAAACUAGAGCUGUUGCCAGGUCUUGGUUCAGUUGAAGCGAAGCUGGUAUUUGUAAUUUUUUUUUCGUUAUCAUAAUCUUGACCAUCAUCAUCAUCACUGUUUUCAUCACCCGAGUCGCUAUCAUCGUGAUGAGUCGACAUAGGGCUCAUCGGUGUAGUUUACAACUCGGUCGAUUCGGUCUUCUUUUUUGUCUAUAAUUAAUUAUUUUUUGAAGAUAUUCGAUUCGUAGUGAUCGAAUGUUAUUUUUUUCAUUUACCAGCUUCCGAUUAUUUUCUGUUCUUUUUUUCCAUCUGAAGCCUAGCUCUUUCAUAAUUCGUCGUAAGCUUCAUUCCGAGCCAUUAAAAUUUAUAUCUUCUUUAAAUUCUUCGAAGCCUUUCUACGGUACGGAGUUUCGCUGCUUGUUAUGUAGUUAUUAUGAUUACAUCUUUUUAUUACAGAUUGAACGAAACUAUCCAUUCCGGUAACUUUCUUCUUUCCUGAUCUUUUCUUACCCGGAGUCCGAAACACGGCGAGCAAGCCAGAGCCUUUAGCUUCGUUAAUAAUGCACCUAACAGUACUCACUGAUGUUUUUGUUGCUUCCGAAGUCUGUUUUAAUUUUUCCAUAUCAUUCUUCCCCUGUUUUAUAAUGAAGCAAUAUACGUCGUACACAAAUUUUCUACCCUUUCUUUUAAGUACUACACCAGUUUGUCACGGCAUAGUGUAUGUUUUAUAAAAAAUCAACAAACACUCAACAAAUAGCAAGGGCAACAAAGUCCACAAGCAAUUAUAACAAAUAACUUAACGAUUAAUAACGAUAGACUUUCCACUGUACGCAAGCGUACUUUUGGGAGCAAGCGGAAUGAGGGCGCGGUGCGGGACGCAAGGUUCGACUGAUCUACCAAUAACGCGCUCGAUAGGAUUUCCCCUGCCGUCGCGCCUCACCCUCACCACCAAAGUGACCUAAAAUUCGGUUCUGCGCAGUCAAGGUCAUUUGCUCAAGAAGUUUGCCGAUUACUAUACACGAUGUUAUUCCUUUACCGUGGAAGUCAAUCGUGAACAUUCGAACAUCGGUGCAUCGCUCAACACGAAUGCAUCGGACGUCUUAUCCUUUAGAUCACGACGACUUCAAAUUAGUUAUGGCAGCGUAUAAUUAUGCAUAUGGCUCGCGAAAAACCCUAUUAACUGUAGUAUCUGUAGUGUGCCGGCUCCGGUUAGUUGAUGAAUAACAGUUAAACGUGUGGCGGACGCGAACCACACAGUGAAACACGUUUUUAUUAAAUACCUUUAUUCUUAUAUCAGCUAUCCUUUGCCCACAAUUGUUUUUUUCAGAUCAUUUAAUUUCGCUCUCAUAUGGGUCUAAAUAUUUAGAAUGUGUAUUCUAUAAAAUGAUAAAAAAUUUAAUUAGUAAAGCUAUGACCCGACCAUCAAAACAUUAAUACCAAAUAAUAAAAUACAUCAAAGACACUAAGACAUUAAGUAUAAACUUUAUGAUUUGUAUUUGAUUUUAGUGUUUGAUAACGUAUUCCAUACAAAAUUUGUAUUUGGAAUAAAUUUUUCAAAACGAGUGAAACACUUCUGUAAAUAUGUAGAAAAAUUGUAAAAUAAAUUGUGCAUGUCUAACUAAUAUGAUCUAGAUAUAAUUUUAAUAAGAUUUUUACACUGCGAUAAGUACAAAAUAAAAAAUAUCACGUAA